AUGAACCCUGCGAAUGUUCAGCUUCUAUCACCAUCCCUUCACAGACAACUCUUUGGUGAAUACGGUGCGGAAUCCCCGGGUGAGUCGGUCUCGGAACAACUGGCAAGAGAGCACUUGACGAUCCAGGAUAUCUGGGGAAAAACAGCCGAGAUUCAGGCACCAAUUGAUCUUAAGCUACCAUCCUUGAGAGGGAAAUCGAUAGAAGAGCACUUUGCUAAUAUGGGUAUUGAACAGUCUGGGACCACACUCGAUAAAGCAAAACAGCUUGCUAACGAAAUUUUCCCGCCCAAACCAACAAAGUGGUCUCGAACUUCGGGAUGGACGCGAUAUAGCAAUGGAAACGCAACACAGGUACCAUGGCCAACAGAAGAUAAACUUGUUUUUGACGUAGAAGUGUUGAUGAGCGAAGGACAUUACCCUACACUAGCAGUAGCUGCUUCGGCAGAGGCAUGGUAUUCAUGGACAUCGCCACAUCUAUUCGAUCCUGCUCAAUCCAACGAACAACUUAUUCCGUUUGGAAAUUCGAGAGACACAUUGAUAGUCGGGCACAACGUAGGCUACGAUCGUGCCAGAAUUGCCGAGGAAUAUAAUAUUCAGGGGUCACGCUUACGGUUCUUGGAUACUAUGAGCCUUCAUAUUUCUGGGGCAGGUCUUUGUUCACAGCAGCGACCAGCGUGGAACAUGGAGGUCAAACGUCGAAAUCUGGAUAAACUGGCUGCUGCAGAGAGAGAUAAUGUAAUGGGUAUAACGACUAGUGAAGAAUUACAGAGAAUGGACAUUGGACAAGCAAAAUUUUUUGAUGUUAGCUCACUUAAUAGCCUCAAAGAUGUCGCCAAGUUUUAUUGCAAAAUCGAGGCUGAUAAACAACCACGAUCUUACUUUGAAUGUGGUAAUCUCGAAGAUAUCCAAGAAAACUUUGAUCAAUUGAUGGAGUAUUGUGCCCAAGAUGUCGACAUGACCCAUAAGAUCUACAAACAUGUUUUUCCCCGGUUUAUCGAGAAUUGUCCUCAUCCUGUAUCAUUUGCUGGUAUGCUUCAGAUGGGAAACUCAUUUUUACCUGUAAAUGAAAAAUGGGAAAAAUAUCUCGCACGGUCCUCAGAAAAGCAUCGAGAAUUGGAAGACUUGUUGGAUAUCAAAUUGCGCGAUUUGGCUGAGAAGGCAAGGGUACUGGUAGAUACACCGGAAGAAUGGCAAAAGGAUCCUUGGCUAAGUCAACUUGACUGGACUGUUAACCCGCGUCAGCGAAAACUUAAAGGGCAGCCUAAAUGGUACAAGGAUGCCUAUGAUACCAAGACUGGGAAACUCAAAAUAUCAAUUCGAUCAAGGAUGGCGCCUCUUUUGUUGCGGCUAAAGUGGCUGGAUUACCCUCUUCACUAUAUUUCUGAUCACGGGUGGUGUUACAAAUUAGCUUCAGAGACGAUGCCAGCUACGCUACGAUCAAAAGCUGUGCAUAAUGACGAUAAAUAUCACUAUGUAAAGGUCCCUCAUAAAGAUGGUGAACAGGCCAACUGUGGAAAUCCUCUUGCAAAAAACUAUAUGAACUACUUUGAAGACAAGGUUCUGACUUCUGAAUACCAAGCUGCAAGAGAUGCCUUGGAUUUGAAUGCUAAAUCGGCUUAUUGGAUCAGUUCCCGAGAGCGUAUCUUGGGUCAGUUUGUGGUGUGGGAUAAAGACGAGAAAAGCAUGGGAUUACCGAUGCGUGAUAGAUCAGACAAUAAAGAUGCCAAGUAUGGAAUUAUUCUUCCUCAGAUGGUCACAAUGGGCACGGUUACCCGGCGAGCGGUAGAGAAAACGUGGCUUACAGCAAGUAAUGCCAAAGCCAAUCGUAUUGGGUCAGAACUCAAAUCAAUGGUUCAGGCACCAAAGGGGUAUAAGAUUAUUGGUGCAGAUGUGGACUCGGAGGAAUUGUGGAUUUCUAGUGUGAUUGGUGAUGCUCAAUUUGGCUUUCAUGGUGCUACUGCCUUGGGUUGGAUGACUCUUCAGGGUACCAAGGCUGAAGGAACUGACUUGCAUUCCAAGACGGCCAAUAUCUUGGGAAUCAGUCGUGAUAAAGCCAAGAUCUUUAAUUAUGCGCGUAUUUAUGGUGCAGGUGUCAAAUAUGCGACCAGUUUAUUGAUGCAGUACAGUCAGGGAAUGGAUCUUGAGGCUGCGCAAAUUAGAGCUGCUGCCCUGUACCUCAACACAAAAGGUGAAAAAGAACAUUCUGUACGGCACCGGUUCAAGCGUACUUUUUGGCAUGGUGGUUCAGAAAGUUACAUGUUCAAUGCUCUUGAAGAUAUUGCUCUCUCAAAAGAGCCUAGAACGCCUGUCCUUGGAUGUGCAGUAACAGAUGCACUUAAGCCAGAAUAUACUGGGUCUCAAUUCUUGACAUCACGUAUCAACUGGGUCGUCCAGAGUUCGGGUGUCGAUUAUCUUCAUAUGCUGAUAGUCUCUAUGUCUCACCUUAUUAAACGCUAUAAUAUCAAUGCUCGGUUUAUGUUAUCAGUUCAUGAUGAAGUACGAUAUCUUUCGUCUGAUGAGGAUCAACACCGUACAGCUCUAGCCCUUCAGGUUGCAAAUCUCUGGACACGUACUUUAUUUAGCUAUAGGCUUGGAAUUUACAAUCUCCCGCAGAGUGUAGGAUUCUUUUCUGCUGUCGACAUUGAUCACGUUUUCCGUAAAGAGCCUUACAUGACCUGCAUUACCCCUUCUCAUCCAGAAAAGAUCCCCGAAGGCAUCAGUUGUACAAUUCAGGAUACACUACGUGAGCUUAAUGUAAAUGCCCGGCCAGAUGAGUGUUUGCUUGGACAAGAAGUACAACAGAGUACCGAGGAGCCUCUAGUGGCUAUAAACGCGCCUCAACUUUCUCAGAAAAACAUUGAUCUUGAAUUCAUUAAGGCCCAGAUGUACAAAGUAUUCCAGUCUUCAAGAGAUCCUUCAUUUCGUGGUGGACAAGCUACUGCAGAAAUUAUACCACAAAAGGCAACGAAUUCCGUAAAGCAUGUCCAAAAACCUACAAAGGCCUCUACGCCUAAACCCACGUUAAAGAAGUUAUAUAAAAAAAAUUAA